UGCCAGCCAUCAAACAAAAUUACAAACCCCAGUCCGCGGACAGUUCUCACUUCAAUAUCUUGCAACUCCCAACUCCUCCAUUUUCUUCAGUUUCCUUUGUUCUUCGGCAUCUUCCUGCAACACCACCGCUGGUUUUUGCUGCUCAGUUUAACCGUCUGUCGCCGAAAUCCCUUCCAUAUCGAUGGAGUCGAACGGAGACGACACCGCUCGUAUCCUCGCUGAACUCGAAUCCCUCAAGUCCGCCAAAACCGACAUAGACAACCGAAUUCGAGCUCUGGAAGCUCAGCUCAGGGACUUGAACCUCCAGAAGCCGGCCGUCUCCAACAACGGGUCUUGUUAUUCAGGCGGCUCGGCCGUUGAUUCUGCUCUCGCUCACGGAUUAUCGCCGGAUAUGAUUUACCGCUACAGCCGCCACCUCCUCCUUUCCUCUUUCGGAGUUCAAGCGCAGUCAAAGCUCGUUAAGUCUUCAAUUUUAGUGGUUGGAGCAGGAGGAUUGGGGGCACCUGCUCUGAUGUACCUUGCCGCUUCUGGGGUUGGCCGGUUGGGUAUCGUCGAUCAUGAUGUUGUUGAACUAAAUAACAUGCAUAGGCAGGUUAUACAUACUGAAGCGUUUAUAGGUCAACCAAAAGUGAAGUCCGCUGCUGCUGCCUGUCGCUCAAUCAACUCCUCGAUUCAGGUAGCAGAACACCAAGAAGCAUUACGGACAUCCAAUGCAAUUGACAUUAUGAGCCAAUACGACAUAAUUGUAGAUGCUACAGAUAAUGCACCAAGCCGUUACAUGAUCAGUGAUUGCUGCGUCGUGUUGGGCAAGCCUCUUGUGUCGGGUGCUGCAUUGGGAUUGGAGGGUCAGCUUACAGUCUAUAACUACAAUGGAGGGCCAUGCUACAGAUGCCUUUUUCCUACUCCACCGCCUGCAACAGCUUGUCAAAGGUGCUCAGAUAAUGGAGUCCUGGGAGUGGUCCCUGGAAUAGUUGGCUGCCUCCAAGCUCUAGAGGCCAUUAAAAUUGCUAGUGAUGUUGGGGAGCCAUUGUCAGGACGCAUGCUUCUUCUUGAUGCAUUAUCAGCACGAGUUCGGAUUGUCAAGAUUAGAGGCAGGUCAUUACAGUGUGAAGUUUGUGGAGAAAAUACAACAUUCACAAAGGAGCAAUUUAAGAAGUUUGAUUACGAGAAUUUCACUCAAUCUCCCUUGUCAGCGGCUCCCUUGAAGCUGAACCUGCUCCCAAACGAUUCCAGGAUAAGCUGCAGCGAGUUCAAUGAGAAAGUCACAAAGGGAGAACCAUUUGUUUUGAUUGAUGUACGACCGGUACACCACUUCAAGAUUGUUUCUCUUCCAAAUGCCAUGAACAUCCCCCUCCCAAGUUUGGAGGGUAGGCUGCCUGAGAUCUCUUCAGCCUUGAAAGAAGAAGAUCAUUGUAGGGGCAACAAAAACCCUGAGUCAACUGUUGGCCUAUACGUGAUGUGUAGAAGAGGCAAUGACUCACAGAGAGCAGUUCAAUUGCUGCAGAGGAUGGGAUUCCCCUUUGCAAAGGAUAUCGUUGGUGGCCUAGAGGGCUGGGCUCGUGAGGUGGAUGCAAAUCUGCCCACUUACUAGAGGCGGAAUUGUUUGAUCUUUCAAUACUUUUUCCUGCAUGAAAUCCUGUACCUCAAGGUAGGGGAUGCAAACUCAUUGCUAACAGUUUACUCUACUGUUUUUGCCCUCAAGUUAUCUGUAUAAUCUACUUUUAACUAUUUUGGGGAAGAUCUUUACUUUAAAAUGUAGGGCCCUUGUUGAACGUUUGCUCAAAAUAAAAAAAAAAUAAAAAAAAUGGAGAGAGGCGCUCUCCUCUCUCCUUGAGCUUUCUUGGGCGUUUGAUGUUCUGCCUCUCCUGCAGAUAUGCCGAUCGGCUGGCUAAGCCUUUCUUCAUUUCUGUUGGGCGCAGCGGGUGAGAAUAGCGGGUAAAU